AUGGAGCCCGUUGACAAGCAACUCAUCGUCUUCGACUUUGACUGGUCUAUGGCAGAUCAGGACAGCGACCGAUAUGUCUUCGAAGUCGUAGCCCCAGAUCUCCGUCGCAAGAUGAAAGGUCUCAAAGAUCAAAUUCAGUGGACAGAUCUAGUUGCUCAAACGUUGGCGGAAGCCCAUGGUCGCGGUAUCACUAGAGCUCAGAUCGAACAUGCUCUUAAAAUCAUGCCUUUCCACCCUGCCAUGGCGCGUGCCGUUGACAAGCUCAAGAAAGCUGGAUAUACCGACUUUUUGUGCCUUUCCAACGCCAAUUCCAUCUUCAUCUCCACCAUUUUGGAGGACAAGAAGCUCACUCACAUCUUCAGUGAGAUCAUCACCAACCCUGCUGAAUGGGACGGUGAACUCUUGAGGUUGAGGCGCCGUGUUGACCCAGAGGGACCUCAACACUCCUGCACCGUCGGGUGCAGUCCCAACAUGUGCAAGGGCGAAGAACUCGAAGCGUUCCUUGCAAGACAUGGGAAAGAAUUCGACCGAAUCGUUUAUGUCGGUGACGGAAGCAACGACUUCUGCCCCAUCCUUCGCUUGCGAGAGCAAGACCUCGUCCUUUGCCGAUCCCAUCGCGGUCUCCAGCGCCGUAUUGACAAGGAGGGCGCUGAGAAGGGUUUGAAGGCCAAGAUCCAAUACUGGGCCGGUGCUUGGGAAGUCGAAGAGAUUUUCGCCACUCUCUAG